GCCUCUCACUUGGACAAGCCCCCUCGGGUGACGUUGACCGGCCGGCCGCAUAUCCGAUCGUGGCCGUUCUGGCUGAGCACUUGGGUGCGGAACAAGGGCAGGAUGGGCGCCCUGCCAUUUCUGGACUUACGUAGCCGUGUGCUGUGCGUCCUCCUAGAAGCGUGAGAGCGCGCUAUAUAAGCAUCUUUCGCAGUCGCCCGGUCCCAGCCAUCGACUUGUCUCCAGUUGCUGUAUCUAUCUGACCGAAUACCCGUCUCUGGUCCGUCGAAUCCAGCCUGUCUAUCGUUACACCACCCGCCCAAGUAGUACACUCCACCGACCCUAAUCCCAUCGUCAACAUGCGUUCCGCUGCUUUCUUCCUCGCCCUCGCCUCCCUGGCUCUGGCCCAGGAUACCACUACCCUUACUGGUGUUGAGACCACCGUCACUGAGACCACCCUCACUGCCACCAGCACCUCUGGCGGGGCAUCGGCAUCGUCCCUCUCGAGCUCCAUCAGCUCCGCCCUGAGCUCCAUCAACUCGGAGGCGUCGUCCCGCGUCAGCUCGAUCACGAGCGGCGCCGGCAGCGCCAUCGAGUCCCUGUCGUCGGAGCUCGCUACCGCCACCGGGUCGGCGGCCUCGUCCCUCAGCUCCCGGAUCGAGAGUCUCACCAGCUCCGUCGGCUCCGCCGUCAGCUCGGUCACCUCGAGCGCCGCCGCCGAGACCAGCUCGGUGACGACGACCAACGCCGGACCGAUGCAGACCGCCGCCGUGGGCAUGGGCGCCCUGUUUGGCGGCGCCGCCGUCCUGGCCAACCUGUGAUUGUGCCAUGCUGCUUCUUGUAGUAAUAAUGUCUACUACUAUCGUGGUGUUGCCCCCUGGAGGGGAAGGGAGGGCGGAAGGGGGAAGUGUUGUAACAGGUGUAUUCCUUUUUUUCUCUUCCCCCCCGAGACGAUGGGUGUGCGGGUUGACACCAUCACGCGGGAAACCCCAAGUUGAGCUCGGAAUUCGGUUUAAUAUAUGCACUGUUUCAAAAUGGAUUGUCCAACACAUUCAUGAGUGUCUUGUAGUAGUAAGUCGCCAUGUCACUCGCGUGGGCGAACA